AAACGAGCGAAAAGCACAGAUGUAGUCAGACAUUCGCGAAAUAAAGUUCAAGUGGUGCUUUUUAAAGUGAAUUUUUGUACCUAGACUAUGAAGGGAUUAUUAAAUUUACCCUCGUUGGGAUUAUUCUUUUUUCUUGCUAUGGGUUGUCAAAUGCAGAAUGUUGUAUCCUAUAAAAUUCUAUUGGUAAACCCAAGCUUUACUUCUUCACAUUUAUUUGUUUCUUCAAAAUUGCUUAAGGGUUUAGCAAAAAUGGGCCAUGAGGUGACCAUGGUUAGUUCUUUUCCUCAAUCUAAACCUUUGAAGAAUUAUCGUGAUGUUGUUCUUCCACUGGAUAUUGAUAAAGAUACCGUAAUAUCUGACAUGGUAAAAAAUACAAAAAACCCUUGGUACAUGAUUACACGAAUGAUUGAAAGACUGAAAAUGUACUAUGAUAUCACAAAUCGAACAAUGUCCAAUCCAGAAUUUAAACAAAUCAUGGAUAAUGAAUCUUUUGAUCUUGUAAUAUUGGGGCUAUUUUCCAAUCAAUUCAUCGGACUCGGUUAUCAUUUUAAAUGUCCUGUAAUAAUAAUAUCGCACAUUAAACCAAUUUAUUCAUCAUCAGAAUUAGUUGGAAAUCCCUUAGGCAUUGCCGCAACUUCUAAUACAUUUAAUAGCUAUGGUAGACCAAUGAGUUUUUUACAGCGAGUUAAGAAUAUGUUAAUAACUUGUUCGGAAAUUUUAAUAAUCAAUGUAUUUCGCUAUAUAGAUAAAAUGUACUACGAUUCUAAUUUUCCUCCAAACAAAUAUCCUAGCUUCGACGAAGCUCUUCGGAAUAUUUCUUUAGUUCUUGUAAAUCAUCACUUUAGUCAAGGGAAUAUUCGUGCCCAUGUCCCAGCCAUGGUUGAAAUUGGAGGAAUCCAUAUAGAAGAAGAAAGAGAUGCACUGCCAAUGGACAUUCAGGAAUUUCUUGACUCUGCCUCUAAUGGAGCUAUUCUAUUUAGUUUUGGCUCAAAUGUUAAAAGCUCCAUGUUGCCUAAACCUAAACUUGACGCAAUUCUUAGAGCAUUUGGAGGUCUAAAACAAAAGGUACUCUUCAAGUGGGAAAAUGAUGAUCUACCUAAUAAGCCUCACAACAUGAUGAUCAAGAAAUGGUUGCCACAGACCGAUAUUUUAGCUCACAAAAACAUUAAACUCUUUGUAAGCCAUGGAGGGAUUGCCAGCAUUACUGAAGCGCUAUACUUCGCAGUACCCUUAAUAACGAUACCAUUUUUCGGAGAUCAAUUGAGCAAUGUUCAGGUAGUGCUCGCAGAAGGUUGGGCAUACAAACUCAAUUUUGAUGAUCUAACUGAGGAAAGCUUCUCAGUAGCUGUUGAAGAAGUUCUUACGAAUCCACAAUAUAGGAACAUAGCUCAAGAGAAAUCGCGACUUUAUAGGGAUCGUCCCAUGAGCGCCCUACAAACAGCUGCUUACUGGAUUGAGUACGUUAUUCGUCAUAAAGGAGCGGUCCAUAUGCAAUCGCAUGCAGUUCAUUUAAAUUUCUGGCAGAAUAAUUCGAUUGACGUCAUUGCAUUCUUAGUAGUUGCUGCUAUAUUUCUUAUUUACAAAUUUUCUAUCGCUAUUACAAAAUUUUUAUGGAAGCAAUUAAAGAAAAAGCUGUUUGCUAGGAAGCAGAAACAAAUGUAGAUAAUAUGAUAAAACCAAUGUUUAUUUUUUUAUUUUGAUAAUUUAUAAUUGUACGGAACACAAUGUUCGUCUUGCAUUUUAGUGAAAACAUUAUAGGUAUAUCCCCUAUCGAUCUAAUAGAUUUAAAAUGUAUUAAAAAAAACAACAAAUAAAAAAUCUAUAACAAAA